AUGUGUGUUGUUAGUGAGAUAUUAAACAAAUCAAAUGUAUUUUGGGUAAUACAUCUAAAAUGUGGUAUCAAGUACAGUGCUGACGCUCCAGACCAUCUCUUCAACAACUUGAAGGAAGCUUUCGACAACGAGGCGCUAAUAGUCGCUGCAAUUGCGGCGAAUACCAAGGAUGAAAUUGAGCAAACGUUAUCUUGCGGCUUAGUCAAGGGACAUGCAUAUGCUGUGACUGCUGUCAAAUAUGUGGAGCUGGAUGCAAAUUCAAUCAGAAUGAUCCGCCUGCAAAAUCCUUGGGGUGAAAAAGAAUGGAACGGCCCUUGGAGCGACGAUAGCAAAGAAUGGGAGCAAGUAAGUCAAUCCACUUGCUUGAUGUCGAAGUGUUCUAAACGAAGUGGUUCAGGUGACAGUCUCUCAACAGAUUUCCCUUGGAUGCCUUGGUAUUCUUUUGUACAAUAUUUUACCGAUAUUUCCAUAUGUCAGCUGUUCAACACACGGAUAGUCUCAACAUCGCGGAGAUACCAUGAAGCCAUAUAUUAUGGUGAAUGGACCACUAAUGGCGUAAAGCGUGGUGCUCCAGAUUACCUUGCGGGUGGCUGCUUCAAUUUUCCUACGUUCUGCAAUAAUCCACAGGUUUGCCCUAUUAUGUUUGCACUAACGCAGCGAGAACCCAAUGAGGGCUCGAAACGUAGAGAUCCAUAUGUAACCAUCGGAAUACACGUGAUGAAGGUGGAAAAUAAUCGUUCACAUCGAAUACAUCAAGCAAUGACUCCAUUUGGUAUAUCCGAUUAUGCUGGUGCCCGUUCGGUUUUCCUGCAUCUACGGGUUGUUCCUGCCGGUAGAUAUAUUGCCGUACCUACAACGUUUGCUCCGAAGGAACAAACGACAUUUAUGCUUCGAAUCUACUCAGAUCGUAAAAUUGAGACGCGAGAAUUGACUGAGGUACGACAUUCGGGCAGCGUCCCGGUAACCCUCAAGCUUAGCGGUUAUCUGAGCUUAGCC